UCAAACUGCUAGCCGUCGGAGUGUGUUGUUGUUGAAGCAAUGAUGGCGGCAGCGGGAUGCGGAUCAGCAACCGCGGCUGCCGUAGGAGGCCAAGGUGGACCCGCUACGGCCAGAGGUCGUUUCCCCGGUCGGCCUUGGUCGUCCCGCAGUCGUUUGCGCUCCGAGAAGCGGUGGCAACUCGGACGAUCAGGCUUAGAAGCUGAUGAUGUGACUAGCGGAGGGCCAAGGCCCGCAAACCUGGUUCUAUCGUUAAACGAAGACCAGUCCCACUUACGCUUACUUGGGAUAGAGGCGAGCCACAAGAUCCUUGGCCAGGCUGGAUACAGCUCUAGUGGGAGUGAAGAGGUGAGGUCCCAAACCGACCCAGGAGGAGAGGACUUCAGAGGAUUUGAAGCUGAGAGAAAAAGCUCCAAAGGAUCUGGAUGGUCCCGACAAAACCCUUUGAAAGGUGAUGCUUCCAACGCAAAAUCAAAAAGGCAAAAUGAGAAGUCAUCACUCAAAAAGCUACCAGUGGAUGCAGCUAUCACCCCACCUGACCCUUUAAAAGAUGUUAAAUUUUCAGAAGAAAAGCAAGGCUUAUUUCCUGGAGUGGAGCUGGCAAAGGGUUGCAGGAAAGGUUCAAAAGGAAAAAACGCCAUGGGUCGUCGGUCUGCUAAAAGCGGAGCCUCAUCAGCAUCACCGAGAAUUACUAUAAAGUUGGUGGCCAAAAAGAAAGUGAAAACUGUGAAGGAGCCUCAUAUAAAGUCUGCAAGGAAUUCAAAGAAAAAAGGAAUUCAGGAUCAGCCUAAAGCUGAGGACGUUCAGGGUGACCAGAUUUCAAGUGCUCAUGUCAAAUUAAAAACUGAACCACAUGAAGAGAAACAUGGCACUGAAGACAAGGGAGGAGGGACUACACCUGCUAGAAGGCGAGGAAGAUCUGCUUCAAAGACGGAGCCUGUCUGCCAGACAACUGCCAAAGCCUUGGUUGAUGACCAAAAAUCAAAAGAGACUAUAACAGAGGAUCAAACUAACACUGUUAAAGACAGAGGGACUGUCGAACCAAAAACAAAUGCAAAGAUAUCAAAGCAUAAGGAAGUUCUGACAGAGCAAGGUCCUGGUGUUAAAACGGCAGUGACUCGUAGGAGCUGUAGAGUCACUCAGCCUCUUUCUGAAAAGGUCUCAGACAGCGCUGCUGAACCAGAAAGUCUGAAUAAAAAUAAUACUAUUUUGACCGAGACAGAGGCAGAAGUUUCUAAAACAGUUGGGGCCAAACCACCUGCAAAGAGAAGGCGGCAAAGCAAGCGGCUGAAUAAGGAUGUUGUGGUGCCAGAAAACCAAGGUUCAUCAUUAAAACAGACUGAUAAUUUAGCUGCACAAUCCAGUGAUGAUCUGCCUUUUAAUAAAGAGGAAAUGAGAGUCCCAAGCUUAAAGCUGAUAAAAAUCAGAAACCCAAAAUAUGAUGCGCAGGCCAGAGGGAAGAACGCCACUCGGAAGAAAAAGCGGAGAAAAUUUAUCUGGACUCUAACUUUAGUGAAGGGGAAAAAUCAGACACCAGCUCCUGAAAGCGCCGUCAAAGUAACAGAGAAGACUGUCGGUGUUUCGGAUCAGUUUUGCGAGAGCAGUGUCAACAUGAGCUUGAAGGGUGUCGAUAAAAAAUCUAAACUAGAUAACUCUGCUCCAGAGGAGGGUAAACGCACAGAUGAUAAGGAAAAGGCUUCCCAAAACAAAGCUGACAUGCCAUUUGAGGAAAAGUUGUCAUCAGUGGUGGAGAGUGAAGUGCACCACAUAAAUGAAAUGCCUCUGCAAGAAACUGUGAAAACUGAUUGUGGAAAAGUCCCUCCGCUUCAAAUCAAAAAGGUUUCCUCUCCUGGAAAACACAAAAGCUCAAAGCCAUCCUUUUUGAUUCAGCAGAUCAGCCCUGUGUCUGAAAAGAAGGAGGAUGUGAAAGAACUCAGUGAAGUAAAUGAGGAGAAAAUGAUCACUCCUGUUACAGAAGUCACUCCAACUAGGAGAUUAAGAACAAGGACACCAAGCUCAGAUUCACCACAGUCAACAUCCGUCAUUAAAAAAACGGGGACUGCUCAGAAACGGAGGCUUAGAAAGAGUCAGGUGGAUGAAGUGACUCCGCAGGUACAAGUUGAAGAUUCUUCUCAGGCUACAACUGAAGAUAUCCUCUCACACAGUCUUCCUGAUAACUCUGAUCAGAUUUUGGCUGAGGAACCUUUACCAGUGACAAGUUUAAGCUCCUCUGAAGCUACUGAUAAGGAUCCCUCUGAGGUUCCUGUUAAAGCAUCUUCAGAGAAAGUUGAGAAUGAGGUAGAACCGCAGAUUGAAGAGGCCAAAGCAUUGCCUGUGCCUUCCAAACCUAAAAGAUGUAGAAAUAAUAAAUUAUCUAAAAAGAGGUCUGUUCAAAGGAAGAGGGCUGUGGUCUCUCCUAAAGCUGCUGUGGACACAGAGUUGGCGACAGCUGAAACAACAGUUGCUGAAACUACAGUCAGAGAAACUGUGGUAAAAGAAGACACUCUGUCUGAAGUGACAGAGGAAAGUCAGCCAGAAACACAUGACUGUACCCAGCCUGAGGAAGAACAGGACCAUACCCAGCCUGAGGAAAAACAGGACUCUGUGUCAGUGGAAGAGGAGCAGAUACAUCCACCAGUCAAAGAGGAAACAGAUAUCCAGUUGAUAGAUAGUCAGCAGCCGGUGAUAUCUGAGAGUCAGACCAGUGAUCCAAGUUCAUUGUGCCUACAAAAGAAAUCUCCAAAAAAGGUUAAAAAGAGGCGUAAAAGUUUGAUUGGUCAACGACAGAAACACAGGCACAGAGCAAGAGAUGGGAAGUUUGCUCCACUUAAAGGACCUGGAAACAGUCCCAAAACUGUUGAGGUGGAUAAUGAAAUAUCAACCCAAAUGGCAGCUAGCACACUGACGCCCACCUCCAAGCUUAUUGGAGUACAGAAAAAAUGCAAAAAGAGACCAACAGGCCUUCAUUUUAUAGGGUCUAAACGUCCCAAACCACAAUCUAAAAUAAUUUCUAAGCUGUUAGAAAUUGGGUUGGACAAAGAGAGUUUAAAGCAAGAGGAAACGGACACUUUAGUGGAUGUUGGACAACCAGAUGUUGUGGACACCCAGCCUGUUAAAUCAAAGUUUGUUAAAAACAUCAAACAUUUCAUCAUGCCGGUUGUAAGUGCCAGAUCCUCACGGGUUAUCAAGACCCCUCAAAGGUUUAUGGAUGAUGCUGGGAUGUCGGUGUUGCCUCGCAGAAACUCUCCAAAAAAAGGAUUACAGGUUGGCUUGCAAAUGCGUCCAGCUAAGAGGCGCGACGACGAGAUGUGCAGACCAAUAUCCCCAAUUCUGCCCAUCGAUGAGGAAGAUAUAUUGAGUGAGGCUCAGCUGGACGUAGACUUGUUUUCAGCUCAGGACCUGGAUGAUGACAUUGAUUUAGCUGACAGCCUGUUUUCUGAGAAAAAGAGCAGCAGUGCAGAAAAGAAGAAGCCUUUCCUACAAAACUCUGGUUUCAAGUGGAACAUGCCAGAAGAAUCCAGUGAGGACUUGUUUGAUCUUGACAAGACUCUGGAUAGCAAAUGUGAGGAUCCGUUUUUAUCGACACCAGUUGAUAAGCCCACGCAACUACCUACUGACCCCCUGGAUUCUCAGAAGAAGAAAAGCACCACCAAGUUAAACAAACAAACGGCCCCUCUUAAGAUCUAUCAAAAGCUGAAUAAGACACAUGCAGGAACUCCCAAAAGCAAAACAGCAGCAGAGAUGGAAAGUGUGAGCAAACCUCCUCCACCUCCUGUAGAUCUAGCAGAAGGUCUGGAUGAUGAAGCCAUGAGCAUCAGUCUGAGGCAGAGGACUACAAACACAGAGAAGAGCAAAUCCAAGCUCAAGAUAGAGGACCUUGAUUCCCCUGGAGUGGUGAGAAAAGUUUCUGUGUGUGUUAGGACGCCUAAAUCCAAGCCCCUCCCAGUUCAGCACAGUAAAGUGGAAGAUGUAGCAAAAAAAGACUCUGCCCAACUUCCCUCAGGAGAGCUGCAGUCAGAAGAUAUCCCAGUUGCAGAUGAAGUCGAUGAUCUUGGAUCAAUGGAGAAGGGAGCUUCACAAAGAGCGCGCCUAACAGGAGCAAAUAAAAGAAUGUUCAACUUGCUCAGGAAAGCCAAGGUCCAGCUCAUUAAGAUUGACCAGCAGAAACAGCUGAAGUCAUCUGGGUUGCUUUCUAGCUCAAGUGGUGCCCGGUCUCGGGAUGUGAGCUCUAAGAGACAAAGGAGGAAGCAGAGGGUUCAGCCUGAGCCUACUGUGCCUGUCAAGACUGAGCCUCCUCCAGCACAACCGCCGCAGGUCAUCUCGCCGCUGUGCCAGGAGUUUCGCAGAGCAGGAGGUCCACGUAUCAAGCAUGUAUGUCGUGCUGCAUCUGUGGUGCUGGGGCAGCCCCGAGCCUUGGUACCAGAUGACAUUCCCAGACUCAGUGCCCUGCCUCUACAUGAGCGAACUGGCAUUUCCCCUUCAGACGUCACAAAAGAUAUUGGGUCUCCCUCUGAGUCAGACAGUCCCGGUCUGUCUGAUACAAAGGUCACCAAGGUAAAGAAACCAUCGAAUUUUGUGAAGCGGAAAGGGCUUGGGCCGUUCGGGUAUCGCUCACGCAGGUGUGGCAUUUGCAAAGGCUGUAACCGUGAGGACGACUGUGGCCGCUGCAUGAACUGCCUUGACAAGCCGAAAUUUGGUGGUCCCAAUACCAAACGGCAAUGUUGUGUGUACAAGAGAUGUGAUCAGAUUGAGGAGAGAAAAGCUCGCAGACUGAGUGGAAGAUCAGCUCCUAAAGGUUCCUCUAAGCGACGGCGAUCCUCACCCAGUGGGGGACAUUCAAGUAAUGAUGAGGGGAACGAUGGCACUGCGGAUUCACCAUCUGGUCUCCAUGGUGACGGCAGCAGCCCAUCAGUGCGUAAACAGCCAAAGCGUGUUGUGAAGCCCCGAGUCUACUUUGACCUGGUGGACUACGACUCUGAUCUAGAUGACAAAGCUGUCCAAAACUCUUCAUCACCAGCAAGGAGGAGAGGCCCAGGGCCCCGGUUUAGUCAAGAUUUUGUGUCGUUGGAUGGUUUCCUUGGAGACAUUUCAGAUGAUGAAGUCAGGCAUCGAAAGUCGACCUCACACCGUGUACCAUCUGUACAGAAACGGAAACCUGAGAAGGGUCCUUUGGAGCAGACCCCUCCCAGUGUCCUGGCUGCCCUGGCCCACGGCUUUGAGCAGAGAAACGUUGAGUCUUCUAAACCGACUCACAAAAUCAGAGUCGACUUUAAAGAGGACUGUGUUUUAGAGAAUGUCUGGAACAUGGGUGGUUUGAGUAUACUGACCUCUGCACCGGUCAUGCCGCCCUAUGUCUGCUUCCUUUGUGCCAGUAAAGGGCAACAUGAGAUGUUGUAUUGCCAAGUGUGCUGUGAGCCCUUCCACAAGUUCUGCCUUGAACCUGCAGAGCGCCCCUCAGAAGAGAAUAAAGAAAACUGGUGCUGUCGUCGCUGCAAAUUUUGCCAUGUGUGCGGAAGGAAAAACAAGCAAUCAAAGCCAUUGCUGGAGUGUGAGAGAUGUCAGAACUGUUACCACACCUCCUGUCUUGGACCAAACUAUCCAAAACAAAACAAGAAGAGGAAAGCUUGGGUCUGUAUGUCGUGCAUCAGGUGUAAAAGUUGCGGUGUCACACCGGGGAAGAGUUGGGACACUGACUGGAACCAUGACAAAGGACUCUGUCCUGACUGUUCAAAGCUCUAUGAGCUGGGUAACUACUGUCCAAUCUGCUUCAAGUGCUAUGAGGAUAAUGACUAUGACAGUCAGAUGAUGCAGUGUGGCACCUGUAACCACUGGGUACACGCCAAGUGUGAGGAUCUAACAGAUGAGCUGUAUGAGAUCCUGUCUAGCUUGCCUGAGAGUGUGGUUUACUCAUGUCGGCCCUGCAGUGUGACCCAGCCCAGUGCGUGGAGAGAGCUGCUUUACAUAGAACUUCGUUCUGGGGUGGAGAAGGUGCUUGCUUGCUUGCUUUCCUCCACUCUCACCCAGCAUCUUGUUACCUGCUCACAGUGUGAAAGACUGGUUGAUCCUGAAAGUGGAACAGAAGGACAGCCGGCCUGUGACCUCCGAGCUGUUGGCAAGAAGUUUGAUAAGGGCCUUUAUACAUCUUUGAAAACCUUCCAUGAAGAUGUGGUUCAGGUGGUGCGAAAGAGGCUUGAGCAAGAGGAGGAUCUUCCAGAAGAGCAGAGACCCACUGCUUUAGCGCGCUCUUACUACUUAAAGCUCCUGGAGGAGGUUUUUAAUUGGUUCAACAGCCAAGACCCAAAGGUGUGGAACCCAUGUACCAAAGACUUACCCAUGGGGAUGCUGUCCCACGCUGUUCAACCUCCUACGUCGGAGCAUGUUUAUGCACAGUGGCACGAAAGAGAGGAGUUCCCAUCGAUGGCUCCACUGAGUCUACUGCAGGACGACAACGGGCAGAUCUUGGAUGUAAAAGAAGAAGAAGCUGUUUCUCCGGUGUCUGGGGAACCAAUAACCCGCAACCACUUCAACACCAGCAGGGCUGUGAGGCUCAAAUUCAAAGGGAGACGCGGCCGUCUUUCUAAAGCUGAUUUAGACACUGGAUGGUCCAAGGAAGAUGAGAGACAGUGCUCCUUGUGCCAGAAAUAUGGGGACCUGAAACCGAAUGAUGCAGGCCGUUUGCUGUUCUUAGGUCAAAAUGAGUGGGCACAUGUCAACUGCUGUCUGUGGUCAGCUGAGGUGUUUGAAGAGGACAAUGGAUCUCUACUGCAUGUACACAGUGCAGUCACAAGAGGGCGCUUGAUGCGAUGUGAACGAUGUAACCAGACAGGAGCUACGGUGGGCUGCUGCCUGACGUCCUGUCAAAGUAACUACCACUUUAUGUGUGCCCGCUCCCGCCACUGUGUGUUCCAGGAUGAUAAGAAGGUUUACUGCUACAAACAUCGACAUCUCAUCAGCGGCAGGAUGAUAACUGGUCAGGAGUUUGAAGUAAACCGUAGGGUCUAUGUGGAUUUUGAAGGGAUCAGCCUCCGCAGGAAGUUCCUGACUGGAAUUGAACCAGAGUUGAUCAACGUGAUGAUUGGUUCCCUUCAGAUUGACAAGCUGGGUGUGCUGAGUGAACUGUCAGCUAACAAAGGGAAGCUGUGCCCUGUCGGUUUUCAGUGUUCUCGUUGGUACUGGAGUACAGUCAAUCCAUUGCAUCGAUGCAAAUAUACAUGCACGGUACGAGAGGUUCGUCCAUCUGUCCCUGAGAAGCCUGUGGAGGAGAUGCCUGACCAAGGAGACAAUCACACCAUUGUUCACAGCCCCUGUGCACUGCCUGAAUCUGAAGUACAAGAGACUGAUACAGCAGAGUCCCAAACCCCAUCAGAAGAUACCUUUGUCCCAGGACCACCGGCUAAAUCAGAACAUGGUGCAAGGCCAAAGAUUCCUGGCUAUCCUCAAACCAGAAGGCCAGCUGGGGGAAUGUCCCGACCACUGCCAUCCCCAGGACUUGUGCAGGCGAAACCUCAUCAUAUUUUAACUGUAAGUGAUCUGGAGGAGACUCGAAGGGUUCGCCGGCAUAGUCCACACUCCCAAACCACAGGGCCCCGCAGUCACAUGUCUCCUCCUCACCUGGGUCCUCUUGGUGGAUCAGUCUCUCUCCGUGCAGGAAAAUCUUCCCAUCCCACCUCCCCCCUGUUUCCACUUUGUGCUACUGACAACCUGAUUAACUCUCCCCCAUCUCGCCAAGCCAGUGGUAGAAGUGCUUCCUCUGUCCGAUGCUCUGGAAAUACAAUGACAUCGUCUUUCUUCCCUCAGUCUCCCUGGCAGGACAGCACAGGAGGCUUUUCCUCUCCCGGUCUGUCUUUCUCUUCCUCAAUUCAUCUACCCAGAAAUCGCCUGUCGUUUGAUCUUAGCCAGCCAGACUCAGUGGAGGUGCCGCACAACUUUUUAGCUUCUCCAGAACCUGAAGACAUCUCUCCAGCUAACGGUACAUCUCCCCAGGAGGAUGUAGACCAACAGAAAGGUGAGGACCACUUCCCCUAUGGAUCAUUCCACAAAGAUCCCAGCAUGAGUCUGGACCAAGAGAUGAGGACAGAACUAGAGAUUGAAGAAACACUCCUUAACGAAGGUGUGGUGAUGAACUGUGGAGGGCAGAUAGUGGUGGAAGGUGAUGAUCAGGAGGAAUUUUGGGCAAAACCCCCAGAGGUACACAAGAGGAAGAGUCUUGUUGCAAACUUACCACGCUCUGCAGCGUCAACGAGGGAUGACUUAGGCAACACCUCCUCAGAUGAUGAUAUGGAGCACUAUUUUGACUUCUCACGGACAAUAGUCACCCGUCCCAGUUCAAAAGAUCGUGCCAAGUCGCCUUCCUCUCCGUCAUCUCGGCCUUUGGCUCAGCUUGAUGGUGUUGAUGAUGGUACUGAGAGUGAUGCAAGUAUUGUUACCAAUGAUGAUACUCAGAAAGUUGAGGGCUCUGGUCAAGCUCAGAUAAAAGCCAAAAACCUAAAUAACAAAAAUGUCACUGAAUUUGAAAUGCCAAAUGAAAUACAGGUUGUCCAGAGUCUGCCCACUGAAGCAUCAUCGAACAAUAAAAACCCUACAGAUCACCUACCUCAAGACCCACCCAUAUCUGGAAACUUGGAAAGAUCCAACCAUCCUGUGCUCAAUCAGGAAACAGUGCUUCCUGCUCCAGUUCAUAAUGCUCUGCCUAGCUUACUCACAAAGGUGCCUGAGAAAUCAUUGUCAGAGGAGUUAUACCAAGAAUCGCAUUUAGAGUUCACCUCUGGAUCAUCUCUUGUCCUAGAGAGAUGUGAGUCAGGUCCCCAUAUGACUGAGAUGGUUCCCCUGUUGGGAGGACCAUCACUUGAAGCCCAAGAGUCUGAUGGUUGUAAACCCCUGGGCUUAGAGCCCAGCAGAAGCCACUUUGCAUCUUCAACAGAUGGGACUUCUAGGCUAAUGAACCACUUACUGGCUAAUACAGAGGAACCCUCAUUAGCAGAGUCUGCUAAAAACAGUCAGGGCAGCAUGCUGGAUCUUCUUCAGCCCUCUCCUUUGGUGUCUACAGAUGGACCAAACCCCUCUCAAAACCUUGGAGACUCACUGCAGAUGUUUCCCUGUAUGCCAGGAAUGAGUCAACCUCCUCUAACAAGUAUAACACUUCAGCCUGUAACAUCCACAGAGGAGUCAACACCCACAGGACCUUUGUCUGCCAAACUAACCACCCUCAGUCCAGUUGGAGAUCUGACGCAAACACUGCUAAAUGUCGGCCCACAAAGUGAUCCAGUGCUAUUAGCUACAUCGGGUGCAUGUUCUCCAGCAGGAACCUGUAGAACUGUCUCUCUUCCUUUAAUCUCCACACAAACACAGCCACUUGGCCCUACAGGUGUCACAAUUGUUUCUUCAACUGCAUCCAUGUCAUCUCUUUCUGGACUGCCAAUGCAGUGUUCAGCAGCUCAAACACCUCUCCAAACCACCUCAACCCCUGUUAUCUUGAACGGCUACAGCUCUUCAUCUGUGGCUCCGUCGGGUCACACCAUCUCCAUCAAUUUCUCUGCCCCUAGGCCGGCUGUAGAGCCACAACAGCCAGUGGUUCACCCGGCUUUACCUGGACACGCCAUCCUCACAGUGAAGGAGGUCGGCGGGCCAAAUGUGGAUCCUACCCCUCAUGUCCUGCUAGUGAAUCGUCUUGGACAGAUCUUUGUGAAAAACCCAGAGAGCAACACCUUUCAGCUGCCUACUCCCAACUCCCCCUCUUACAACUGUGUCACUCAGAUUGCCAACCUUUUGCAAAGCAACGCCUUGUCCGCAACACUAGCGGCAGCUGGUAAUAUGAGUGCGCCACCCCAAGGGGCCAAUGCGUCUACGUCCGGUCCUCCACCAGUUACACCCACAGUUCAGAAUCCAACCACAAUAACACAACUGCUUACCCACAACAACAACAAUGGUACAGUGGCUUCUGUUAAUGCCAAGAAGUCAAGGAAGAAUGCCAAAACACCAAAGGAUGAAACUGCAGAGAUGAAAAAGACAAAGAAGAAGAAAGAGUCCAGCACAUCUAGGAAAUCAAAGUGCUCCAAGAGCUCAGGGCAGCCCACUCCUGCUGCUGAGAAUCCUCCAAUGACUCCUGCUGAGAGUGCUCAAGCAAUUAUCAACCAAGCAAUGGCGAGUAACUACACACCCAAGUGGAGCGGGCUUCGAACACUAAGCCCCUCCUCACUGGUUCUGCCACCUGGUCUGCUGAUUGAACCAGAGCCCCCAGUGUCGCCUCCCAAUCCAUCACCAACACCAGCACCAGCACAGGUCCAAGCGCCCCGCCCUCGCACCCAUGUCCGCAUGAAGAGGGUGUCCUCACUUUCAGACCGCAUUGUCACAAAGAAGUCAAAGGUUGACUUCCUUAAGCCAGAGCCCAUCAGUGAGGAUGAAGAGCGCCACAGACCGACCUUUCCAAGCAUGUCCAGCAGGGCUUCAGGAGUGCGCAUCAAGACCCCAACGGUGAAAGGUGUGCUUAACCUGGAUGAGUUAAAGGAGGAGCACAUGAGUGAUUCGGGGAGCUCAGGGUCUGAUCCUUGGGAUUACAUGUCUCAUGGUGAACAGGGUGAACAAGGCAAUCAACAGGCAUGGGAACCAGUGGGACACAGCACCCUGACUGACUGGAAGAGAUACUCAGGUGCUGCUUCUGCAUCAGAUGAUGAACCACUGUCACCCGAAGAAGAUGAGGAAUUUCAAACCAACAAAGACCAGCCUCACUUAAGAUUUGAGAUUACCAGUGAUGAUGGUUUCAGUAUAGAGGCAGAUAGUAUUGAGGUGGCGUGGAAAGCAGUCAUUGAUGGAGUGCAGGAGGCCCGAGCUAUUGCACGGUUGAGACCUCUCACCUUUCAGAGGAUCACUGGAGCCCGAAUGUUUGGUCUGGUCCACGAUGCAGUGGUGUUUUUGCUGGAGCAGCUUGAAGGAGCCCAUCGUUGUCAACGGCAUACUUUCCGUUUCUUCAAACAGUUCAGCCAGGAGGACGACCUCCCUGUGAAUCCCAGCGGGUGUGCACGGUCAGAGGUCUACCUUAGGAAAUCCACCUUUGACAUUUUUAACUUCCUAGCUUCUCAGCACAGACAGCUUCCUGACAUCGGGCCUUAUGAUGAUGAGGAGGAUGAAGUUCUUUUGAAGUCAACCAGACGGGCUACUAGUUUGGAAUUACCCAUGGCCAUGCGCUUCAGACAUCUGGAAAGAACAUCCAAGGAGGCUGUAGGCGUGUACAGGUCUGCUAUCCAUGGUCGCGGUCUGUUCUGCAAGAGGAACAUUGAAGCAGGGGAGAUGGUGAUUGAAUAUGCAGGCAUAGUCAUUCGUGCAGUGCUCACUGACAAAAGGGAGAAGUACUACGACGGAAAGGGUAUCGGCUGCUACAUGUUCCGCAUUGAUGACUUUGACGUGGUGGAUGCGACCAUGCAUGGCAACGCGGCGAGAUUCAUCAACCACUCCUGUGAGCCUAACUGCUACUCCCGAGUGAUCAACGUGGAGGGUCGGAAGCACAUCGUCAUCUUCGCCCUAAGGAAGAUCUACAGAGGAGAGGAGCUUACCUACGACUACAAGUUCCCAAUUGAAGAUGCCAGCAACAAACUCAGCUGCAACUGUGGGGCCCGGCGCUGUCGCCGUUUCCUGAACUGAGAAAUCUCGCCUUUUAAAAGAAAAGAAGUGGGGCAACCUGUUUACUAGUAAGCCUUAAAUUAAGGUGGCACUGGAUUGGG